AUGUUGCUACUGCCUGUUCCAGGUAUCCAGAUGCACUGCCCAGUGUUACAUUUCCAGAUUCAAGUGGCAACUGUUGAAGCCCCACCAGUGUUGCUACAGCCUCGGUUGGCUUCAGCAAGGCGUACUCUGCUCACUUCAGACUCUUGUUACACUUCGCCAGCCAUGGUGACGAAGCUCCUCGUCCCACUAGUGAUGGCUGCAGCCGGUGUACGUCGAGAGGAUGUCCACUCCCUUCUUCAAGUUCCGAUUGUGUCCUUAGGUGUAGGCACCCACCUUUAUUCCUGCCAACAACACCAGUUGGAUCCUCAGCGUGACUUGUGGACAAUCCUGGAGUUUGAAUACUUCGGCUACUGCAUGACUGUCGAGAGUGCCGUGGAGAAGAUGGUUAAAAUGGGUUGGCCAGGUGAGCCAGAGGACAUAGGCAAGUUCGAUCCCAGUGCGAGUUAUGCCAAGGUGUGGCGGGUAGUUCGUCCAUGCAAGAUGGUCUUGGCCGACGGCAAGAACAGCAGUACUCUCGCAGCCCGUUUUGGGCAGAAUGCAAGCUUUCAGCAUGCAGAGGCCCUUGAUUUGCCGAACUGGCGGUCGGAGGUAAAAUCUUCAGAGCUCAGGUCUGAACUAAUGAAAAGAGACGGUGUGGUGCAGUGUGAUUCUGGCCUCGAUGUGGCUGUGUUCCAUGGCAUUGCAACGAAUGACCCGCACGCAUGCAUUCAGCAAGUCGAGCCUGAUCGGCUACCGACUGCCGCAGAGUUGAGACAGCAGCAGCAAGCGUAUUCUUCGCACAAGGGCUGUGAUCAUUUCACCUGA